UAUUUAAGGAAUUUUGAAUUACAUGUAAAUUUCUGCAAGAGCAUGAAUAAUUCUGCAUUUUAUACGCAUAAGUGAUAAUACGAGUGAUUAGUUCGUGUUCUUAUGUACUAAGUCACACAGUGAACACGUGAUGUGUUGCCUUUAUUACGUUGACUAUUAAAACUUGCAUGUUUUUCCAAAUGUAAAAGCGAGACAUUCGGAAAAAAGAUUCUUUUUCGUACAUGCAUAUUUUGUACAGUAUCUAAAUGGUCUGUACAAACUUUUGGAAUAAGUUCCAGGGACCUAAACAAGCAGAAGUAGAAAUGUCCCAUGAAUAUGGGGUCGGAAACGAUUGCUUCUUGAAUUAUGUUUCGAAGCUCCCUACAAUAGCUGGAGAAAUUAUCACGUGAAAUCGCAUAGGUGUUACAAAGCUUAUUUUUUUACUUGGUUUUGCCACGGACAUGAGAGGGCAUAAAGAAAGUGCCUAAGAAAUGAAGGUUAAAGGAAGGUUAAAGGAAUCACGAGGGAUACAGAACUCGCGCGCGUGUACUAGCUACGCUUACACUUGGCGCGAGACACUACCGUGUCUCGUGAUAAGAGCUCUGUAAACAGUGCAGCAUUCCGUUGGUUGAAAGUAUCCUGCGUAGCGUAUGCGUGGCAAAACCAAGGAAAUGUAGUAAGGUCCCUGGAACUUAUUCCAAAAGUUUGUACAGACCAUUUAGAUACACCCUGUAUAUAUACAUAUGGAGAGAGAGACACUAGAUUCGAUUCGUCCAUCAGAAAAUGCACAAGAGGAUAUGUCCUACUUGUUUGGUAGAGAUCCGAGUAUCUUGGCAUACAGCCAGAGGCCAUUUCCCUCGAAGGAUACAAAAAAGAAUUUGAUUUCACUGUAUGAAGUAGAGGAAACUAGUUCUGCCAAUGAAAAUGUGUCUGAAUGUUCAGAAUCACAAACCAUACAAACGGUCAAGGUGUAUCUUAGACUCAAACCAUUUCCGAAGAAACUAAAGUUAACAGAGGAGCAGCAAGAAGCUUACAAAAUCACAAGCCUUACGACGUUACUCACCAAGUUGCCGCUACUGGAUAAUAACGCGAGUAAACAGAUCAAGAGUACCGAGACUGUAUGCCGAAAGUUUACGUUUUCUCAAACAUUUGGGCCAGAAACGACUCAAUUGGCAUUAUUUGAGCAAACGGUACAGCAGCAAAUGAUCGAUUUCCUAGCUGGGCAAAAUUGUACUAUAAUGACAUAUGGUACUACAAAUUCUGGCAAGUCUUAUACCUUGCAAGGGACCGCUACUUCACCUGGACUUAUACCACGAGCACUGGAAUUUGUGUUUAACAAUAUUACAACAAGACCAAAUCCCUUUUAUAAACCUGUGCAUUAUAGCGACGUUGUCAAUCUUGAUGCACUUGAACGUGCACAAGAGCUUGAAGCAAAAACUAAAUUGCUGACAUUCAGUUCCGUAGAUAAGCAUCAGUACAUAAAUACCUACAAACAAAUGCAAAAAUUGUUGCAAGAGGAAUCAAUUCGCCCCAGUCAGUGUUAUGAUGCUCAUUACUCAGUUUGGGUUUCAUUUGCGGAAAUCUACAAUGAAAUUGUAUAUGAUUUAUUGUCAAAUGAAUGCCAGAAAAAGAGGAUACCUUUGAAAUUAGGAACAGACUCUAAUGGCAGAGCCUUUAUAAAGAAUUUAAAGACUAUUCAUGUUAACUCGGCGGCAGAAGCUUACCAGAUCUUGAUGGCGGGGCAAUAUAAUUUAAAAGUAGCCGCAACUGCAUUAAAUGCAAAAAGCUCAAGAUCUCAUUGUAUAUUCACAAUUAUAUUGUUAAAAUAUUAUGCAGAAAGUUUACCAGAUAGCGUUGAAGUGAGCACGUUUUCCUUUUGUGAUCUGGCGGGCUCGGAACGUUUAAAGAAGACGUUGAAUAUCGGGGACAGAUUGAGAGAAGCGCAAAAUAUUAACACUAGUUUACUAGUGUUAGGCAGGUGCUUAAAGUCCAUCCAUGAAGGACAAUUGACAAGAACGAAGACUGAUGCCGUGGGACCAUUCCGAGAAUCAAAAUUAACCAGAUUAUUCCAACGAGCAUUAUCGGGGAAGGAACAUCUCGCUUUAAUAGUUAACGUCAAUCCUCUGCCAAAUUUGUAUGUAGAAACCCAAAAUGUUUUAAAUUUUGCUGCUAUCGCAAAAAGAAUUAUUAUAGAAAGGAAGAAACAGACACAAAAGAAAUCCAAAUCAAGAUUUUCCCAAAUAGUCACGCAAAGUAUACAAACUGUGACCGACUGGGAAAACACAGAAGUGGAAAGUGUGAAUUGUAUAAACAGUGUGGAAGAGAACUAUUUAGAGUCCAUUACUUCGGAAGAAUAUAUGGAUCUUGCAAAUGAGAAUGAAAGAUUGAAAAAAGAGAUUGCUCUUUUCAAGAAUUCAGCUUUAAUUCGAGACCUUCAAAGCCGACAGGAGAUGGCCGAGAAAUACAUUGCGAUGAUAAACGAGCUGGAAGUCGAUUGGAAACAGCGAAUCAAUGAUGUCGAAACCCAACACGAAGACGCCCUCGAAUGGACAGUGAAACAAGUUGAAGAAUUUUACAAGGAAAAGUUGAAUCAUUUGUAUAAGAAGCGAAAAAGACAAAGCGAUUGCAAUGAUGAUGAUAACGUUGAAGAUGAUGACAAUCUAAACUUAACUGUUAAAGAAUUAAUUGACGAAACUACAAAAUUGAGACACAAGAAUGAAACUUUGAAGAAAUCAUUAACUGACCUGAAAGUAACGAAUGAAACCUUAAUUGUAGAAAAGAAUAAAGUUUCGUUUGAGUUGGGAUUGUCAAAGGAGGAUUUAAAACUUGCAAGAAGUCUUCUUGAAACUGCUCAAAAUGAUAUCUGCUCUAAUCAAGAUGGUAAAAUGUACUUGAAAGAAAUGACAUCUCAAUUACUUGUUAAAGAUGAACAAAUCAAGAAGCUGAAAGAAUUUCUCAAUGAAGCGAAAGAAGAAUAUAUUACAAUUACAUCUGACUUAAGAAAAAAAGAAAUUCGCAUUGACGAGCAAGCGAGAACGAUAGUAGAACACGAAGAAAAAAUUGAUGAUUUAGAAUUACAUUUGGAAGAAGUUAAUGCUUGUUUAACUGAAAAAACGACAUUAGUGGAGCUCUUAGAAGAAAGAUUAGAGCCCCAAAACGAAAAUAAGAUGGAAGAUAAGUUUCUACAAUUACAAGAAGAAAUAAAUAAAUUAAAGGAUGAAAAAUUAGCAUUAAUUAAAUUUUAUGAGAACAAACCGACCUCAAGUACGUCUAUUCCAAAUGAAUAUCAAGAGAUUAUUAUAAAGGAAGAACUGAUUACUGAGGCACUUCCUAAAAAGAUAUUAAUUGAUAUAGGUUGUCAGGUGGAUAUAGGUUGUCAGGUGGAUAUAGGUUGUCAGGUGGAUAUUAAUGAUAAGGAGCAUAACGAUACUAAUAACAAGUUGGAAAAACCUGAAGCUAUUGUAGCAAUAACCACGUCAGAAGAUACGGACAUAUCAGACAAACCCGUUUCAGUGAAAAAAGAAGAUAAUAAUAUAAGUGUAAGUCAGUUGGAUGAAUAUGCAGAAAAGAUGUCGCAGUUGGAAGAUAAUCUGAAAACUAUAGAGAAGCUAAAACAUGACAUCGAUAAAUUGAACGAAAACUUGGAAGCGUGUCAAGGAGAGAAGAAUUGUAUACAAAAAGCACUCGAUGAGAAUAAUAAGAAAUUGUUAGAAUUUGAGAGUCAAUUGGAGGAAACGACUUUCAAAGAACGGGAAAAAGAUACUGAAAUUGUAGCUCUGCAAAAGGAACUGAAACGUAUGAUACAGAAAAGCGAGAAUGCCGAAAAGAACGACGAUAUGAUGGAAGCGGAGUUGAAGAGUGCUAUAAACGAGUUAACACAGACUAAAACAACGCUUUCCCAAAAGGAGCAGCAUCUAAGAGAAUUGGAAAUACGUUUAGAAAAUUUCGAGAGGAACGCCAAGCUACUUAAUUUGCUGGAACAGAACGCGAAGGAGCGGCAGGUUGAAAAUGAACGGUUACGAAAUGUAAAUGACGAGCUGAGAACAAACUUGACGCAGAAGGAACGUGAGAUGGAUGCGUUUAUGAAGAAUCGAGAUGAGACCGUGACUAAGUACGAAGUUUUGGUUAAAAACCAGCAGGAAGAGUUGGACAUGCAGAAACGGGAGGUGAUGAGGUACCAGGAAUUAUUCCGUCGGCAAUUGACGCCGACGCCGAAUAAAGAUGAAUACAAGAAGUUGCAGGAUCGCGUGGAACUACUCCAAGACAGAUUGCGGAAGUAUGAAGAGAACGCGAAGAGAGAGGCCAAAAAUGUUUACGACAGCUCGUCGGAAGAGGAAGCUGCGGCACUGCGUCAAACGAAACGGCGGGGGAAGAAGGCCGGCUUACCUGCUAAGCAGGAAAACAUACCAGUUAUCGAAUUGUCCGGGUCUGAAUCGAAGCGGACCACGAGAAAUACAACUUUGCCACCACCAGAGAUGUCGACCGAGAAAAAACGCACUCGUAGAAAGAAGCUGUUUCACGGAGACGAUUCGUUCGCGGAUAUUGAACCCACCGUCACGCCUUUGCCAACUCGAAAUUUGAGGAAUCGGAAGAAGUGAAAAAAAAUA